AUGCCUUUCGAUGCGCAGGAAGACGAGAGAGUCGAUGUUGCGAGCAGCUCUUUCACCAACGGAAACUUAGGUAUCUGAUUUAUUCAAUUUCUCUGGCUUGAGGCAAUAAAGUUCAUAUCCUUUUGAGGAUAGUUACCUGUUUUUAGAUGUCUUCAAGCAAGCGGCAAUUUGGUGUGAGGCUGUCUUUGCCAUUUUCUUCGCCGUCACCGGUUUCUAUGAAUACCAGGUCGGCUCGAGACCCGGAAUCGCCUAUCUCAUGGCUCUUUCAUGUUUCCUUCUAAUCCUACUAUCUGUUCAAUUCCAUUUCGGAUUCAAAUACAACUGGUAAUUUGUUUUUCAAAGUCUAUUAUUAGAAGUGUUUGCGUUUAUAACCUGGGCGGUCGAAAUAGCGGCUCAAACAAGGAACUAUUGAAAAAAAGUUUUACUUUGUUUCUAAUGAUACAAAAGAGGGAAAAAACGUGUUUCAGUGCUGCCCUGUUGUACUGCCAUACGGCGCAAGCCUCAACCUUAGCCGUUAUAUGUCUAGUUGCUGUUUUGGGUCCUCACUUGAUGUCCGAAACAUUCGCUUCUGCCACUGAUUCCUUGCGGUAUGGUUAAUGUACUGUGUAUAUAACUAGCGAAAGGUAUUACGAGUUGUCAGCUCAUCAUCAAAGUUUUGAAAGCGACUAAAUUCGCUACCUCACGCUGUUUCCAAAACUUUGCUCAAUGAUUGCCGCAGGAGAAUGUGAAAAAAAAUUGAGCCUUCAAAGGUUGAACGAUCAAUCAAUAAUUUUUUACAUGUCUCCCCUUUUGAUUUGAAUUAAAGCAACAAAUAUUUUUAUUUCAAAUUGAUUAAAAACUAACUGUUUUUGCAGCCACAGCCUUGUGUGCUACACCGCAUACGUAAUGUGUGUCGCAGCUUUACUAAUCACAUUCGCCACGGCUUCUCAUACUCGCAUGAAAGACGUUUGUUUCAUUUCACCUUUAAUUUCAAUCAAAAAGCAACCUUUAAAAAAGUGAAUGAAUAGUAAAAAAAAACUGUCCUUGAAAAAGAUCAAACAAUAAUUUUCGAAAAAUCGAAUAACACUGGUUUUUACGAAAAUGUUUACAUGUUUCAACGACUUCACAGAAAAACAUAAUUUUUUUUUCCUUCUUUUUUUUUUGAAAAUGCGUCAAUAAGAACGUUUCGAGAUAUUUAAGCUGCGCUCCUUGGAAACGUCACGCGUGGAACAUUUGAAACGUUUGAUUUCGUCUGGCAUGGAACACAUGCCUGAAGUUGAGAGAGGUAACACUAACUAGACUCACCGACCUCAAGAAAAAAAAUAAUUCAGAAAACCGUGAAGGAAAAAUCCGCCCACUGAAUGUGUUCUCGUUGAGCUAG